AUGUGCUGCGUGUGCCACGAUGCCUUCGCCCUGCCCACCCAGGCCAACUGCGGCCACUGGUUCUGUGCCUCACACCCUUUGCCCUCCUCCGAACCUGAACCAUCCGCACCAUCGUUGGAUGACCAGCUAAGGGAAUCAUCUAGGCUGCCUCCCUCUGGUCCAUCCAAGCCCUCCCUCGCUGAACCGUCCAGACCCUCUUUGGAGAAGCAAGCAGAAUCGCAAAGAGCAAUUCCGUCUCAACCUGCGGAAAACCAGCAGAGAGAGUCACUUAGGCCCUCUCCCUCCAGUUCUGAGCAGCAGCAGGAGCCGCAGCAAGAGGAGGGGUACCGGCAGCAGCAGCAGCAGCAGCAGCAGCAGCAGCAGCAGCAGCAGCAGCAGCAGCAGCAGCAGCAGCAGCAGCAGCAGCAGCAGCAGCAGCAGCAGCAGCAGCGGCAGCAGCAGCAGCAGCAGCAGCAGCAGCAGCCAGAAUCAGCAGCAGCAGCAGCAGCAGCAGCAGCAGCCAGAAUCAGCAGCAGCAGCAGCAGCAGCAGCAGCCAGAAUCAGCAGCAGCAGCAGCAGCAGCAGCAGCAGCCAGAAUCAGCAGCAGCAGCAGCAGCAGCAGCAGCCAGAAUCAGCAGCAGCAGCAGCAGCAGCAGCAGCAGCCAGAAUCAGCAGCAGCAGCAGCAGCAGCAGCAGCCAGAAUCAGCAGCAGCAGCAGCAGCAGCAGCAGCCAGAAUCAGCAGCAGCAGCAGCAGCAGCAGCAGCCAGAAUCAGCAGCAGCAGCAGCAGCAGCAGCAGCCAGAAUCAGCAGCAGCAGCAGCAGCAGCAGCAGCCAGAAUCAGCAGCAGCAGCAGCAGCAGCAGCAGCCAGAAUCAGCAGCAGCAGCAGCAGCAGCAGCAGCCAGAAUCAGCAGCAGCAGCAGCAGCAGCAGCAGCCAGAAUCAGCAGCAGCAGCAGCAGCAGCAGCAGCCAGAAUCAGCAGCAGCAGCAGCAGCAGCAGCAGCCAGAAUCAGCAGCAGCAGCAGCAGCAGCAGCAGCCAGAAUCAGCAGCAGCAGCAGCAGCAGCAGCAGCCAGAAUCAGCAGCAGCAGCAGCAGCAGCAGCAGCCAGAAUCAGCAGCAGCAGCAGCAGCAGCAGCAGCCAGAAUCAGCAGCAGCAGCAGCAGCAGCAGCAGCCAGAAUCAGCAGCAGCAGCAGCAGCAGCAGCAGCCAGAAUCAGCAGCAGCAGCAGCAGCAGCAGCAGCCAGAAUCAGCAGCAGCAGCAGCAGCAGCAGCAGCCAGAAUCAGCAGCAGCAGCAGCAGCAGCAGCAGCCAGAAUCAGCAGCAGCAGCAGCAGCAGCAGCAGCCAGAAUCAGCAGCAGCAGCAGCAGCAGCAGCAGCCAGAAUCAGCAGCAGCAGCAGCAGCAGCAGCAGCCAGAAUCAGCAGCAGCAGCAGCAGCAGCAGCAGCCAGAAUCAGCAGCAGCAGCAGCAGCAGCAGCAGCCAGAAUCAGCAGCAGCAGCAGCAGCAGCAGCAGCCAGAAUCAGCAGCAGCAGCAGCAGCAGCAGCAGCCAGAAUCAGCAGCAGCAGCAGCAGCAGCAGCAGCCAGAAUCAGCAGCAGCAGCAGCAGCAGCAGCAGCCAGAAUCAGCAGCAGCAGCAGCAGCAGCAGCAGCCAGAAUCAGCAGCAGCAGCAGCAGCAGCAGCAGCCAGAAUCAGCAGCAGCAGCAGCAGCAGCAGCAGCCAGAAUCAGCAGCAGCAGCAGCAGCAGCAGCAGCCAGAAUCAGCAGCAGCAGCAGCAGCAGCAGCAGCCAGAAUCAGCAGCAGCAGCAGCAGCAGCAGCAGCCAGAAUCAGCAGCAGCAGCAGCAGCAGCAGCAGCCAGAAUCAGCAGCAGCAGCAGCAGCAGCAGCAGCCAGAAUCAGCAGCAGCAGCAGCAGCAGCAGCAGCCAGAAUCAGCAGCAGCAGCAGCAGCAGCAGCAGCCAGAAUCAGCAGCAGCAGCAGCAGCAGCAGCAGCCAGAAUCAGCAGCAGCAGCAGCAGCAGCAGCAGCAGCCAGAAUCAGCAGCAGCAGCAGCAGCAGCAGCAGCAGCAGCCAGAAUCAGCAGCAGCAGCAGCAGCAGCAGCAGCCAGAAUCAGCAGCAGCAGCAGCAGCAGCAGCAGCCAGAAUCAGCAGCAGCAGCAGCAGCAGCAGCAGCCAGAAUCAGCAGCAGCAGCAGCAGCAGCAGCAGCCAGAAUCAGCAGCAGCAGCAGCAGCAGCAGCAGCCAGAAUCAGCAGCAGCAGCAGCAGCAGCAGCAGCCAGAAUCAGCAGCAGCAGCAGCAGCAGCAGCAGCCAGAAUCAGCAGCAGCAGCAGCAGCAGCAGCAGCCAGAAUCAGCAGCAGCAGCAGCAGCAGCAGCAGCCAGAAUCAGCAGCAGCAGCAGCAGCAGCAGCAGCCAGAAUCAGCAGCAGCAGCAGCAGCAGCAGCAGCAGCCAGAAUCAGCAGCAGCAGCAGCAGCAGCAGCAGCCAGAAUCAGCAGCAGCAGCAGCAGCAGCAGCAGCCAGAAUCAGCAGCAGCAGCAGCAGCAGCAGCAGCCAGAAUCAGCAGCAGCAGCAGCAGCAGCAGCAGCCAGAAUCAGCAGCAGCAGCAGCAGCAGCAGCAGCCAGAAUCAGCAGCAGCAGCAGCAGCAGCAGCAGCCAGAAUCAGCAGCAGCAGCAGCAGCAGCAGCAGCCAGAAUCAGCAGCAGCAGCAGCAGCAGCAGCAGCCAGAAUCAGCAGCAGCAGCAGCAGCAGCAGCAGCCAGAAUCAGCAGCAGCAGCAGCAGCAGCAGCAGCCAGAAUCAGCAGCAGCAGCAGCAGCAGCAGCAGCCAGAAUCAGCAGCAGCAGCAGCAGCAGCAGCAGCCAGAAUCAGCAGCAGCAGCAGCAGCAGCAGCCAGAAUCAGCAGCAGCAGCAGCAGCAGCAGCAGCAGCAGCCAGAAUCAGCAGCAGCAGCAGCAGCAGCAGCAGCAGCAGCAGCCAGAAUCAGCAGCAGCAGCAGCAGCAGCAGCAGCCAGAAUCAGCAGCAGCAGCAGCAGCAGCAGCAGCCAGAAUCAGCAGCAGCAGCAGCAGCAGCAGCAGCCAGAAUCAGCAGCAGCAGCAGCAGCAGCAGCAGCAGCCAGAAUCAGCAGCAGCAGCAGCAGCAGCAGCAGCCAGAAUCAGCAGCAGCAGCAGCAGCAGCAGCAGCAGCCAGAAUCAGCAGCAGCAGCAGCAGCAGCAGCAGCCAGAAUCAGCAGCAGCAGCAGCAGCAGCAGCAGCAGCCAGAAUCAGCAGCAGCAGCAGCAGCAGCAGCCAGAAUCAGCAGCAGCAGCAGCAGCAGCAGCAGCAGCCAGAAUCAGCAGCAGCAGCAGCAGCAGCAGCCAGAAUCAGCAGCAGCAGCAGCAGCAGCAGCCAGAAUCAGCAGCAGCAGCAGCAGCAGCAGCAGCAGCCAGAAUCAGCAGCAGCAGCAGCAGCAGCAGCCAGAAUCAGCAGCAGCAGCAGCAGCAGCAGCAGCAGCCAGAAUCAGCAGCAGCAGCGGCAGCAGCAGCCAGAAUCAGCAGCAGCAGCAGCAGCAGCAGCAGCAGCCAGAAUCAGCAGCAGCAGCGGCAGCAGCAGCCAGAAUCAGCAGCAGCAGCGGCAGCAGCAGCCAGAAUCAGCAGCAGCAGCAGCAGCAGCAGCAGCAGCCAGAAUCAGCAGCAGCAGCGGCAGCAGCAGCCAGAAUCAGCAGCAGCAGCGGCAGCAGCAGCCAGAAUCAGCAGCAGGGGAAGCAAGGAAUUCGCACACGCCCGCCACUUGGAGCUGCUGAGGGAGGUGGCGCGCUACAACCGGCUCUUUGGAGGGGUGCCCGUGUCGCUGUGGCAGCCUCUCUCCCCGGAGCAUUCUCUGGAGCUGCUGAGGGAGGUGGCGCGCUACAACCGGCUCUUUGGAGGGGUGCCUGUGUCGCUGUGGCAGGUUCCUCCCUCUCUCCCCGGAGCACUCCCUGGAGCUGCUGAGGGAGGUGGCGCGCUACAACAGGCUCUUAGGAGGGGUGCCUGUGUCGCUGUGGCAUGUAGGAUAUUCCCGGUGGUGUUACACCCGCUGUUACAGGUGUGUAGCAUGGUGGUGAGUCUCUAUCUCACAGCUCCCUGCCUCGUUUCUCGUAACCUCUCCGACCCGCUAAGAGCUCUCCUCAUGCCUGUUAUUAACUCACUCUCCCCACCUCUCCCCACCCCUCCUCACCACUCUGCAGCGCAUCCUGGACAUGCCUCUGCUCCUCUCUCGACUCGGUCGGGACCUGACUGA